UGUACACCAAAAAAUGUUACGUACUAUGUAUUUUACUGCUCAAAUACGGGUAGCUUUUGAAUGUAGGAUCAGCAACCGGCAAUUUUAGAAUAAACUUACGAAAACUUUAAAAAAUAACACUGGUGCAGUAUUUCCGAAUAAGAGGAUCUUUACAACUUAGUAAAUGCUUCAUCCUCUGGCUUCUAAAAGCUGCGUUAUCAACGUUUAAUUCUGAGAAUUUCCAUGUUUAUAGUUUAUAGUAAUAACAAUUUCACUUCUUCUGGAGCGAUAAGAAGGGAUGUACAGAAUACAUUUCGAUUUGUGCCAGCAGUUAGCAGUAUCAGCUUCAUUCGUGCAUGGCUUCGUUUAUGAAUUUUCUUGAUUGUUUUUCGACUUUGAUUAAAUCACAUUUCGUUUUGCUCCAUAUUGUAAACCAAUGUUUUAAUCAUUUGAAGCAAUGAUUAAUUUUGAUGUGACGAUGAAUUUGACGUGGAAAAUCGAAGCCCGUAGGCUCAUUGCAGCUGUGGCUAACCGUAUAACAAAUUCUGCUUGUUGUACUUAUAUGCUGUACAGUAGUUCAUAACUGUGCUCUGUCACGUAAAAACAAGCGAUGUGCAUUGACUGAAUGAGUCACACAAAAUGGUGUCCGUGGGCACAAUGACGCCAGCGAAAAGUCGUUCAAAGGAACUGGGAAGUUGGAAUUUAUGCUGCAGUGCAGUUAAUGAGAUUUUUCAACACUGACCGGCUAUCUCGCACAGAUUACUGUAUUAACAAAACUUCUUUUCUUUAAAAUUGGUGAUUGUGCAACAGCUCAAAAGCGAAGCGUAAAAAUGCUUGCAAAAGUUUCAGUGUUGCUCCUAACUUCCUACUCUAGGUAUAUCUUACAGCCAUGAAAUACGGUGAUGAAGGAAUAUUUGGAAAGUUGCCCAAACGCUUUUGAAGGGAAAUGGCAACCGGUUAUAAUUAAUAUAAUUUAUGUACUUCAGUUUUCCUGAGUUCGUUAAGUACUUGUUGAAUGUCUUGUUAAUUAUCAUUGCUUGUUGAAUAUUCCCACAAAACGCCCCAAUCGGUCCCACCGGCUUCCAGCACAGCUAUGGUUUAGCGUAUUUCUGACUCGAUGCAUAUGAGCCAAUCUGAAUUUUGAGUAAUGCGCUUCUGCAGUGAGGGUAAUCGGUUGGGUUGACGAUUUGAAUUUGAAGCUUAUAAAUUAUGCAGCAAAAACUAUAAAUUAAGAUUUACUGCUGAAAAAGUCUAAAUAUUAAUAACUGGUCUGCGAUCGGCACACAAUUGCAAGCGUUUCACACGCCCGCAGGGCAAUCGUGAAAAGCGAAGAAGCAUAUGGUAACAUACCAAGGUCACGUGGAGAACGCGUAUAUGCCGAGACGGAAUCUCGCGCUUACAACUACUAUCGGACUCAACUGUCUGCUUAAAUCCAAACUCUAUCUCUUGACUUUUUUCACACUGACCCCAUUCGGAAAAGUAUAGGGUGCUCGUGAUGAUAGAUGAAGAGCGAUGGUAUAACUAAUAUAACCUGUAUUUGCAAAAUAAUAUAUCUGCAUGCAAAAUGCCGGACAAUAAAAGUUGUGAUUGGAGCGACGCUGUGGGUAUAGACAUCAACGGAACGGGAGUGAAUGAAAAUGUUGACAAUAAUUCGACCAUCUAUGUAUACUUGGUACUUUAUCCGUUUUUGUUGCUGCUCUGUACUGUGGGAAGUAUUUUCAUUAUUGCUGCUCGAUUAAAAGAUGAGACUAGUCGCAAAACAUCAACCUCGGUUUAUAUGAUUUGUUCCGCAUUUGGAUGCUUGUGCAUAUUGUGGUCCACAUUACCGGAAUACCUCACUCAAGUGAUACUAAACGAAUACCGAAAUGGUACCAACUUUUCCGACGAAGUGGAAAAUGUGAUCGACCUGGCUUUGAAUUAUAAGGGAUUUGGAGUUUUCUGGAACGAAGCGGCUAUUGAAUUCGUGGACUGGACACUGAUCGUGUUUUCAGUUGAACGUCUGUUGGUGACGACACAAUCGUUAUCCGUUGCGCGCGCUAUGACAGAUUCCUCUGCUUGGCGGCGCACGUUGCUGAUCGAAGGCGUCCUGUUAAUCCUGGCAGUAUUAUUUGCGGUAUCGUAUCUGCCGACGUAUUACUACUGGCUGCCGUACUCCUCCAAUUCCACCGAAGCCAUGCAGGAAAUUCUACCGCUGCCAUUAGGAAGAUGGCUUACGCUGCAGGGAACAGCCGAAAUGGGAAUGUGGAUCGCCAAAUGGUUGCUACUGCUCAUUCUCGACAUAGCGUUGCUGUGUGUGGUAAUUCGACAUCGGCGCAAUAUAAAGACUACGAUGAUGUGCAGUAUUAAGGAAUCGUCGACGCGCACCUCGAAUCUUAUCCUGAUGGCCAGUGUGGCCCUUUACAUGGUCACCCAGUUGCCGAAUGUUAUCCUGCAGUGCAUGCGCAUCGCCAGUCGUCCUCCAUUCUGUACACUGCAUUUAACCAAUACCCACGAGAGCCGUGCCAGGCCCAUCGUCAGUAUUCUCCAUUUGAGUAAUUACUCUGUCUCUUUCUUUGUCCUCUAUGCGUCCAGCUCGAAGUUUCGGGAACAAUGCCGCAUGCUGCAUACAAGAGUCGCUCGGACGAUCCGGAUGACCAAUAGUAAAAUUUUUACGAGUAUGGAGACGCUCCGUUUAGCAGACAGUCCUAAUCGCUCGCCAAGAAAUUCAGCGGAUAAUUUAAAAGCAAACAGGGUUGUGGAGCGGUUUAUAUAGAAAAGCGAAUGCCCGACGUUUUACUACAUGUCCAUAUCCAAAGUUCCUUACCGAUCUCAUGCUGAAAUAAAAGGCCAAUAUGGACCAGCUGCUGCACCUCGUGGACUAUAAUCGCAAGUAGCAGCUGAUGGAUUCCAUCCUUUGGUUUAUUUAAAAUAAAUCAAACUUUCUUGUUGUUCCUACUUAAGCAAUCGUUUUAAUUAGGUUAGUUCAAUUUUGAUUCUCUGUCGUACCCUAUCAGUUGGUGGCUCCAUGUUCACAAGAAACACAUUUAGGUUCAUGCAACAUACAGUCUGUAGUUGUACUGAAACAGGAAACAUUCAACUGGAAAUACUAAAUUUAUAAAAAAUUAAUAUGUUGUUGAUUUGCCUUCCAUUCCGGUCGCGACAAACUGGAGCUCAAGUGUUACCGUUUUGGUGUUGGUUGGUUUAGGAUUUUCUGGGCAUGCUAUGCUGCAAUGAGUUGAAUGGCAUUGCGGAAUCCAGCUCCCGCAUAGU